UUUUCGAAUGCAGUGUGACCUUCAGGGUUAAAAACCGGCUGAGGAGGUUUGAUAAUGACUUGGUGGGGUUCUUUAGAGAAGGCGGGUAAUAUAUCUAAGUUGGCAAUUACUGCUCUAAAAAGUGCACAGCAAAAAAUUGAUGAAGUUCUCGAUAUAUCCGACGAAGUCUUAAAUCUGGACAAUACGUCAUCCUUGCAUGGAAUUAAUAGUCGUCACAAUGAUACCUCAAAAGAACUAGAUAAUGUUGAAACUAUUCAAGUGGCACAUGAAACACUAACAGCUGGUGUAGAAACUUCUGAAUCGGAAUGCAUUGUUGUUAAUGACAGUUGUUCCGAGAGCGUUUCCUGCCUUUCAGAUGAGUUAAUAACCAACUCUUAUUCGUUUCCGUUUGACCCUAUGGAGAAGUCGACUGAUAACCAGCAAUUAGAAGAGGAUUUCACGAGGAAUCUCCAUGAUGAUGAUGAUGAAAAGUGUCAAGUUAUGAAGUCUGAAGCUGCCGGUGCUGGUUCUGGCGCUGCUGCUGAUAAGUCGCUUUUAAAUUCAAGUCAAAUCAAUUCUCCGCCCCCGCCUUCAAAUAUUGAUUCUAUAACCAUCGAAGCGUCUCCUACUAUUGAUGAACAACAGGACUCACCUACUCUUGUUGAACAUGAUUCCAGUGUAUCAUCAUCAUCACCAAUGACAACUUCUCCAGACGACAAUACUUCAGUAAAAUCAACAACACUCGACGUUGAUACAACAAACAUGCAUCCGUCAACUCAAAGGUCGCUAUCAGUUGAAGACAUGAGAUUUGUGCAGUGUACUUCACCUGGUGAAGAAGUACUUCCACUAACUACUCAACGACCAAUUUGUUUAGAUGAAGAUCGCGAUGAUACGAACACUACAGGAUCAGAUAUUGAAGUGAUUUCUUGUUCUACUUCUACAAAUGGUGGUGGUGUUGGCGGUGAAGUUCACGGUGCAAUAAUUCCUUCCAAUAUGUCAAUGAUUAUGAUGCAAUCGGUUAAGGCAGCAAGAUCUAGUAAUGGGAGUCAACAUCCAGUUUUAUCUCCAAAGCAUACCACCAUGAGGGGAUUUAGUGCUCCGGUUGGUUUGAGCAAGUACCCAAAUCGUCCUGACCGUCGCCGGUCUAUGAGUGCAUCUCAAAAUUUAUCUAUGGGUUUAAAACAUACUAUUGACGAUGACUUGACAUUCGCUUAUCAUCACCUUGCCAAGAAAUUUUCCGAUGUUAAACAACUGCUGAAUGUUCGUGAAGCAAAAAUUAUGCAAUUGAGUCAUGAGAACAAUGUGUUACAGAGUUCAAUCAAUACACUACAAGAGCAAUUGAAAAAUACUUUAGCUACACAAGGCUCUGGGCCAGCAGAUGUAUCCACUCUAACCUCAGAGUUUUCUCAGCGUUUAGCAGAAACAGAAAGUCGACUACAAAUUGUCUGUCGUGAAAGAGAUCAAUUGAAACGGAGUGCUAUGUCAGCGAAACCGAAAGUUCCAGUUGUUACACGUGCUGUCGGCGAUGAUAAACCUUACGUAGAUCAUAAUUUAAAACGUCUCAAUGAAUUGGAUCGUCUAGUUGUGGAGAAAAAUGAAGAGAUUGAAAACCUAUUGAAAGAAGGUCAUAAAUUAGCGGCAGAUCAAUUGAAAGCGAACAAUUUAAUUAAAAAGUUACGUUCAGAACAGAAAGGAUAUAAACAAACAGAAGCAUCACUAUUAAAGCAAGUCGAACAAUUGAAUGCUGAAGUACAACGAUUGCGUACUGAUUUGGAGAUUAAAGAAGAGGCAUUAGGCACUCAGUAUGCGAACUGUACAAAACAAGCGAAAUUGAUCGAUAGUCAAGAUGAACAGUUGGAAAUUCUCAAGAUUCAAAUUAGCAAAAAUGAGAUCAAACUGUCGGAUCAGGCACAGGAAUUGGAAAAUCUCACUAAUGAAAAUGUUGAACUAAAAGAACGUUUGGAGCAGAUUCAAAGUCAUGCACAGGUUGAAAGUGGUUGUUUUGAAGACUUGGAGAAGACUAUAAGUGAGUGUACAACACUCAGAGAGAAAUUGGACAAUGCGGCAAGAGAAGCAUACACAUUUAAACGUCAACAUGAAGAACAAGCGGUUAAGUGGAGAGAAGAGAUCCAGUAUUAUCAAGACUUGCUUUCUGAUGCUCAAAUGAAGAUUGAAUCGUUGAAUGAAGUCACCACGAAUGCAGCUCAACCAAUCAUGAGACAAUUGGAAAUACUCCAGUCGAAUUUAACCAAUCAGACAGUGGAAUGGGAGGCGAAAGAGCAACAACUGAAACGGUCAAUAGCUGAGUAUAAAGAAUUGUUUGAAAAUGCUCAGUCGUCUGAAGAGACCUGGCGAAGUCGACUUCAAAUCGCAGAGGAUAAUUUAAGCGGGCUAAAAUUAGAAAACAGCGAACUAAAACGCAAACAGAGCGAAUUAGAAAAAUCAAUUUUAACAGAACAAGAAAAAUCCCGUACCUGUUCUCUUGAUUCCUAUGAAUUAAAGAAUAAACUGAACAGUUGUCAGUCUGAAGUGAACGAACUUCGUUCUUAUGUUAAAGAAUUGGAGGAAAACUUAAAAUCUGAACAGAACCGAUGUCGAACAUUGUUAGAGGCGACAAUGAAUAGUAAUUUAUCCGGAGAACAACAGCAGCAACACCAACAACAACAAGAGACGAAGAUGAAUACUAAAGAAGACAGUCAUACAAAUCAUGUGAAUAUUCAGAUGAAUUCCCAAUCUGAUCGUCGUAAAUCUUCAUCUAGUGAAGAAGUUCCGCCUAUGUAUAAUGCACAACCGAGGCUAUUCACACUUCCAAGUGAUAUGGGAAGUGAAGCGACCAAGGAAUAUGUUCAAUCUUACCUGCAUUUACGUGAUGGUGAAUGUGCUCAUUUAAAGCGUGAAAUUGAUCAUUUACAAUCUAUACAAGAAAAGUUAUUAGCAGAGAUUGCUAAACAAACAGCCCUUGUUGAAAAAUAUGCCCGAUUGGCCGGUGUCAAAUAUUCUAGAAGGUCUAGUGAACAUCGAAUACAAUCCGCCUACUCCGCCUCCGCCUUCUCCUCCGCUUCUACUUUGAUAAAGAAAAUUAUUGAUAAUCAUGCUAAUGCUAGUGAUGAUGUUGGCGGUGACGCUGACGAUUUUAUAGAUCUCGAUGAGAAUAAGGAAUUACAACAACGUUAUGAAACUCUCUUGGUUCUAUGCGGUAAAUUAACUGAAGAGAAUAAUGAGCUGAAGUUGGACUUGGCUGAUGUCAAGGAGAUGUAUAGAGCACAGAUUGACAUGCUUCUAAAGGGUAAAUAA